AGUAAUUACAAUACGAAUGCGUAGAUCAGGAAGUCAAACAAAUGGACAAGUCGAAGUUUGGCAAGAGAUAUGAAGGCAAAGUGGCCAUUGUCACAGCUUCGACUCAGGGCAUCGGCUUCUCCAUUGCCGAGCGUCUUGGCUUGGAAGGUGCCUCUGUCGUCGUCUCUUCUCGCAAACAGAACAACGUAGAUGAGGCAGUUGAAAAACUCAAAGCUCAAGGAAUCGAAGUGUUGGGUGUCGUUUGUCAUGUGUCAAAUAAACAACAAAGGAAGAACCUCAUAGACAAGACUGUUCAGAAAUAUGGGAAAAUAGAUGUGGUUGUAUCGAACGCAGCUGCUAAUCCUUCAAUUGAUGACAUUUUGCAAACUCAAGAAUCUGUCCUGGAUAAGCUAUGGGAGAUAAAUGUCAAAUCAUCCAUACUUAUUUUACAGGAUGCAGCUCCUCACUUGCAGAAGGGUUCUUCAGUGGUUAUUAUUUCCUCUUUUACUGCCUACCAACCACCAGCUACCAUGGCUAUGUAUGGGGUGACUAAAACAGCCCUUCUUGGGCUUACAAAGGCCCUUGCAGCUGAAAUGGCACCAAAUACACGCGUAAACUGUGUUGCUCCUGGUUUUGUACCAACAAGCUUUGCCGCAUUCCUUACAACAAAUGAUGCUAUUAGGAAGGAGAUUGAGCAGAGGACUUUACUUAACAGGCUUGGUACCACACAAGACAUGGCUGCUGCCACUGCAUUUUUGGCAUCUGAUGAUGCUUCUUAUAUAACAGCAGAAAUUCUAGUGGUGGCGGGAGGGAUGCCUUCUAGACUCUAGAUCCCUUUCUAUAUGGCUAUGUGUUGUCUUCCACCGUUCUACUCAUAGAAACCCUUCAGUUUAAUACUUGUUUCCAAUAUAACAAUUAAAAAGCAAGAAAUUUUGUUUUUUUUUUUUCCUUUUUACUUUUGAUGAAUAAGAAACUUUAUUCAAACAAAGCAAAGAAUCAAAUACAAGCAGCAUUUACUGCAGACGAUUUUCGGGCAACGAACUACUUCCUCAUUCAAGAAUCAAAUGGGCACUCUUUUCACCUGUGGUGGUGGUGGGAUUGGAAAGAAGAGGUCCAAUCUCCCAUUCGGGGAUGAGCAGAAAGGCCUGAAGCCAACCGUUAUCAACCCUGUUGAACAACGUAGUGUCUCUGGACAAGUGUCAUGACUUGUUCUAGUGAAGCGGAUGGAAAUGCUAACACCAUUUCUUUGGCAAAUUUGGUGUUUUCCCGACAUGCUAUGAAGUCCUUAUCUUCAUCCAUAGAUUCCAUUGCUUUACCCUUUUCAGUCUUCUCUGUUUCUGGGUGGGGUUGAUUCGUCCAAAUGUCUUUACUUUGCCGCUUUGGAUUGACUGGGAGAUUCUGAUACUAGGUCUGCAAUAAAUUGUCCAUUACAUCAUCUCUCACAGAAUGUUGUGUAUGCCCCAAGCACCUUCCUCCUAGGAUCUAGGAGAAAGUAUGAAUAAGAAAGAAAAAAGGAAACGGGUUUAAACCCCCUUACCAUAAA